AUGGCACCAUCCCUAUCCCUCCCAUCCCCUGCUUCGAGUCCCCCGCCCAGCCUUGAGGACGAUACCGAAACUAGGGCAGAAACAACAGAAGGCGACACCCACAAACUACAGUCUAGUCGGAUCGAUAUCGAAACAGACCACGAGGAUGACAAGCGGCUCUCUAAAAGACUGGACGCUCUUCUGGAAUCUUACCUGACCUUGCUAGACACAUACACCAGGCUCCGCGAGCAAUUGUCCAAGGGCUUUGCCUCCGGCUUCUUGGCACUAGCACAGGCAAACAGAAACUCCGCCCUUGGUCCAGGCAGGCGGUAUGGGGAAGAAGGAUACGACAAGCGCAUGAAAGCGCUGAAGAGACUGCAGAUUAACCAAGACGUUGGCUUGGGGGAUAAUGACGUCGUGGGAACCGCAAAACCGACAGGAACGGGGCACGACAGGCAGGAUUCCAAGAUUACAAUCAUGGAAAUCGAGAAGAGCAAGCGAACCUGCACCGCCGGCGACGAAUUAGAAGAAACUGGUGACUCUGCAGAGCAACAUCUUCAUGGUUCAGGAACCAAAGGAACCCAAGGGCUGAAGGUAGACUUGACGACGAGAAAUCAAGAGCAAGAGCUUGCUCAUGCAGAACGAACGCUGAAUCCCGAACCGACGACUGCAGGUGAAGCUGAGAAGCAGGUAGAAGGAGCCGAGGCCAAACAUGACAAUCGCAGCCAGGAUUCAACCUCAGCCUCAGUCUCAACCUCCACCUCCGCAUCCACAUCCACCUCCAUACACCAUGCGUCUCACCUUGACCCUAUCCCUAUUCCUUCCAAGGCGCCGAGUGACACCCUCAGAGGUUCACGUAAAUCUUCAUCGGACGACACGCACUGCACUCACUUCUCUUACUCAAUCACGCUCACGCCCCCAUCCGCAUCUGACGAGAAGCCUACACCUGUACCCGAGGAGCUCUCGUCGACACCUCCACCCAAGGCAAAUCCCAAAGAUCCGCUGAAAUGGUACGGUAUCCUCGUCCCGCCCGCCCUGCGACAGUGUCAAGGCCACUUCCAAUCCUCAGUGGACUUGACCGUCCCUGAUCUGUUGUCGACGGUCUCUGCACUCGACAGUCUCGAGCGCGAAAUAUGGCAAGUGCGGUGUGAGUUGGGAUUGCUCGACUUGUACAACUACGAUUACGAUUAUGAUUACGACCAUCUUGCCCAAAACGAUUGCAUCACGACAGCCACGAAUAGUUCACUACUAGGGGGCAAGUUCCGUUCUGAAAAUGAUUCUGAAAUUCCGGCCUCCCCACCAUCAGUAUCCUUUGGCAGCGACCAGCUUCGACCCGAGAAGUAUCGUGGAACUUCCAACUCAAGGCCUGACUUCCAGACAUCACCAAAGAGGCAGUCCCUGUUUUCGCCUACAACUUCGGCGUCUGAACCACGGUCGCGGGUUCUGAAGCUCGGUUGA